CCUCCUUCAAGACGUCGUUGAUCGAAAUUAAUAAGAACAGUAAUAAAAAUACUUCGGAAUUCCUCGCUGAUUUUGGAUCAGAGGUUUGAGGUUGACGAAGAAUUAUUGCCAGUCAGCUCGAUUAAGCGUUUUGAUUCAUCAAUUCCUAAUUAUCUCCCAAACCCAAACAUAAUCCAACUAAUCUCAGUUUUCAAUUCGUUAUUCAUUUCGCACUCUUCGAUCCAGAUUCCCGAUGCUGCUGCCGUGCUCCCGCACCAGAUUCCUGCACUCCUCGCUCGUCUAGAUCCGCCGCCGAUUUGAAGGUUCGGACCGCCGCCGCCGUUUCGAGAUUCCGGGAAUGGCUUCUCCGGAAGCCGAUUCCCGUUUAUCGCAGCUCUUAGUCCCCGCCCUUGAUAAGAUUGUCAAGAAUGCCUCGUGGCGCAAGCACGCCAAACUCGCUGCCGAGUGCAAAUCCGUCAUCGAACACCUCAACUCUCCCAAUCAGAGCUCCGCCCCGACUUCGCCCUCCGGCUCUCCCUCCGCCGUCGACGCGGCGUCUGUGCCGGGGGUGCUUCUAGAUCUCUCCCUGCUCGAUUCCGAAAUCGUUCUCAGCCCGCUUAUAAAUGCCCUUUCUUCUAACUAUCACAAGGUUUCCGAGCCCGCCAUUGAUGCCGUCCAGAAGCUGAUCGCCCACGGAUAUAUACAUGGUGAGGCUGACCCCAGCGGGGGUCCCGAAGCUAAAUUGUUGUCCAAAUUGAUUGAUGCCGUGUGCAAAUGUCAGGAUUUGGGGGACGAGAAUGCGGAAUUGUUGGUGAUCAAGACUCUUUUAUCGGCGGUCACGUCUGUCUCCUUGAGAAUUCAUGGUGAUUGUUUAUUGCAAGUUGUGAGGACUUGCUAUGAUAUUUAUCUUAGUAGCAAGAAUAUGGUGAACCAGACCACUGCCAAGGCAUCAUUGGUUCAAAUGCUUGUCAUUGUGUUUCGAAGAAUGGAGGCUGAUUCGUCGACAGUGCCGUUGCAGCCUAUUGUAGUGGCAGAGCUCAUGGAACCUGUGGAGAAGGCGGAUAUGGAUGGUUCCAUGACAGUUUUUGUUCAGGGUUUCAUCACCAAAAUAAUGCAGGAUAUUGAUGUCGUCUUUAGUCCUGGUACUCCUAGCAGUGCGGUAGGAUCAGGAGUUAGGGCUUAUGAUGGGGCCUUUGAGACUCAGACGACAACAGUAGAAGGUACAAAUCCAGCGGACUUGUUGGACUCGACGGAUAAGGAUAUGUUGGAUGCAAAGUAUUGGGAGAUCAGCAUGUAUAAGACUGCUUUAGAAGGAAGGAAAGGAGAAUUGGCCGAAGGCGAGGGGGAAAGGGAUGAUGAUUUAGAGAUUCAGAUUGGGAAUAAGCUAAGGAGGGAUGCUUUUUUGGUUUUUAGAGCUUUGUGCAAGCUCUCGAUGAAGACCCCCCCAAAGGAUGCUGCGGCAGAUCCUAAGGCAAUGAAGGGAAAGAUUGUGGCAUUGGAGUUGCUAAAGAUUUUAUUGGAAAAUGCAGGGGCCGUUUUUAGGACUAGUGAAAGAUUUCUAGAUGCUAUUAAACAGUAUCUGUGCCUUUCGCUAUUGAAGAACAGUGCUUCAACCCUUAUGAUUGUUUUCCAGCUUUCUUGCUCAAUAUUUAUAAGCCUGGUAUCACGAUUCAGAGCUGGAUUAAAAGCAGAAAUUGGGGUAUUUUUCCCCAUGAUAGUCCUUCGAGUAUUGGAAAAUGUUGCGCAACCGAAUUUUCAGCAAAAGAUGACUGUGCUUAGAUUCCUGAAAAGGCUCUGCGUAGAUUCACAGAUAUUGGUGGACAUAUUCCUGAACUAUGAUUGCGAUGUUAAUGCUUCCAACAUAUUUGAGAGGAUGGUUAAUGGAUUACUUAAAACUGCUCAAGGGGUUCCACCUGGUGUUGUCAGUACACUUCAGCCUCCCCAAGAUAUUAUGAUGAAGCAAGAAGCUAUGAAAUGCUUGGUUGAAAUUUUGAAGAGCAUGGGUGAUUGGAUGAACAAGCAAUUGCGAAUUCCAGAUACUCACUCUACCAAGAAGUUAGAUGCUUCUGAAAAUGCUUCUGAACCUGGAAGUUCCCCAACCAUAAAUGGCUCUACAGAAGAGCACACGGAAGGAUCGGAUACUCAGCCUGAACCUUCUACCGAGGUAUCUGAUGUUUCAACUCUUGAGCAACGCCGUGCAUAUAAGCUUGAGCUCCAGGAAGGCAUCUCUCUUUUUAACCGUAAACCCAAGAAAGGUAUUGAAUUCCUGAUAAAAGCAAAUAAGGUCGGAAACUCUGCAGAGGAGAUAGCAGCUUUCCUUAAAAAUGCAUCUGGUUUGAAUAAAACUCUGAUUGGUGACUAUUUGGGUGAAAGGGAUGAUUUGUCGCUGAAAGUGAUGCAUGCGUAUGUGGAUUCCUUUGAUUUUCAAGGAAUGCAAUUUGAUGAGGCUAUCAGGGCCUUCCUACAGGGCUUCAGAUUACCUGGUGAGGCUCAGAAAAUUGACCGUAUUAUGGAAAAAUUUGCUGAGCGAUACUGCAAAUGUAAUCCGAAGGCGUUUACCAGUGCGGACACAGCUUAUGUACUCGCCUACUCUGUUAUAAUGCUGAACACUGAUGCACACAAUCCUAUGGUUAAGAACAAGAUGUCGGUUGAAGAUUUUAUAAGAAACAAUCGCGGGAUUGAUGAUGGAAAAGAUCUACCAGGGGAGUACCUGCAAUCAUUAUAUGAACGAAUCUCAAGAAAUGAGAUUAAAAUGAAAGAAGAUAAUUUGGCCAUCCAACAAAAGCAUCAGGUGAACUUAAACAGAGUUUUAGGUUUAGAUAGCAUAUUGAACAUUGUGAUACGUCCACGAGAUGAAGAAAGUAUGGAGACCAGUGACGAUCUCAUGAGAAACAUGCAAGAACAGUUUAAGGAAAAGGCUCGGAGAUCAGAGUCUGUCUACUAUGCUGCAACAGAUGUGAUGAUCCUCAGAUUCAUGAUUGAGAUAUCUUGGGCUCCAAUGCUGGCUGCUUUCAGUGUUCCUCUCGACCAGAGUGAUGAUGAUGUUGUGAUAUCCCUUUGUUUGGAUGGCUUCCGUAGUGCAAUCCAUGUUACUGCAGCAAUGUCCAUGAAAACUCAGAGGGAUGCCUUUGUGACAUCGUUAGCAAAGUUUACUUCACUUCACUCACCUGCAGACAUUAAAAAGAAAAACAUUGAUGCAAUAAAGGCUAUUGUUGCUAUAGCGGAUGAGGAUGGGAAUUACUUACAAGAGGCCUGGGAACAUAUUUUGACAUGUGUUUCCCGGUUUGAACACUUGCAUCUGUUGGGCGAGGGUGCUCCUCUCGAUGCCACUUUCUUUGCAGCUCCUCAGAAUGAAGACAAAUCCAAGCAUACCAGAUCAAAUACUCUUCCUGUCCUGAUUAGAAAGGGGCCUGGGAAGAUUCAAAAUGCAGCUUCUCAUGUGCAGAGGGGUUCAUAUGACAGCGCCGGAAUUGGUGGUAAUGUGGCUGCUGGGAUUACAUCUGAACAGAUAAACAACUUAGUCGCUAACCUACACAUGCUGGAGCAAGUUGGUGAAGUGAACCGAAUAUUCAUACGUAGCCAGAAGCUAAAUAGUGAGGCAAUCGUUGAAUUUGUGAAGGCUCUUUGCAAGGUCUCUAUGGAGGAGCUACGAUCUACAUCAGAUCCACGGGUUUUCAGCCUCACAAAGAUUGUCGAGAUUGCGCACUACAACAUGAAUCGCAUAAGGCUUGUGUGGUCGAGAAUUUGGCAAGUACUGUCAGAAUUUUUUGUAAAUAUUGGCUGCUCAGAGAACCUUUCUAUUGCAAUAUUUGCUAUGGAUUCCUUACGCCAGUUAUCAAUGAAGUUCUUGGAGAGGGAAGAGUUGGCCAAUUAUAAUUUCCAGAAUGAGUUCAUGAAGCCUUUUGUUGUAGUGAUGCGCAAGAGCAGUGCUGUUGAAAUAAGAGAAUUGAUUAUCAGAUGCUUUUCUCAGAUGGUGCUAGCUAGAGUCAAUAAUGUUAAAUCCGGAUGGAAGAGCAUGUUUAUGGUUUUCACAACAGCCGCGUACGAUGACCACAGGAAUAUUGUUCUUCUCGCCUUUGAAAUAAUCGAGAAGAUAGUGCGUGAUUAUUUCCCGUACAUCACUGAAACAGAGACAACCACAUUCACGGAUUGUGUAAAUUGUCUUAUUGCUUUCACAAAUACGAGGUUCAGCAAAGACAUUAGCCUUAAUGCCAUUGGGUUCCUUCGAUUCUGCGCUGCAAAGCUUGCUGAAGGCGAUCUAGGCAAGGAAAAUUUGCCACCCCCAUCGCCUCAAAAGGAGAAAGAAAAAAACAUAGACACUGGUGAUGCGAAAGAUAAGGUGGACCAUCUUUAUUUAUGGUUUCCUCUCUUGGCAGGUUUAUCGGAACUGAGCUUUGAUCCAAGGCCUGAAAUCAGGCAGAGUGCCCUGCAAGUGCUUUUCGAUACUUUACGAAACUACGGCCAACAUUUCUCCCUAUUGUUGUGGGAAAAAGUGUUCGAAUCGGUCCUGUUUAGAAUCUUUGAUGAUGCCCGUCGUGCCAUUGAACCCUCCCGUGAUAACUCCAACAAUCGCAUUGCCAAUGGUGAUGUGGAAGAGCUCGACCAAGAUGCUUGGCUUUAUGAGACGUGCACGCUGGCUCUACAACUGGUUGUUGAUCUCUUCGUCAAUUUCUAUGACACCGUAAAUCCCCUUCUAAAGAAAGUGUUAGCUUUAUUGGUGAGUUUCAUUAAACGCCCCCACCAGAGCCUAGCCGGCAUUGGCAUUGCUGCUUUCGUUCGACUGAUGAGCAAUGCCGGGGAGAUGUUUUCUGAAGAAAAGUGGUCUGAGGUGGUCUCGUCUCUCAACGAAGCAGCCAAUGAAACACUCCCGGACUUCUCGUUCGUUCUUGACGAGGACAGGAUAUGGAGCCGGGAAGAAGAUUCGAAUGAGAACACAGCUGAUGAAGAUGCAGACAAUAAUUCGAGGCGACAUCAGCUGUAUUCUGCUAUAUCGGACGCCAAAUGUCGAUCCUCCAUUCAACUUUUGUUAGUCCAGGCUGUAUUGGAGAUUUACAACAUGUACCAAUCUCAACUAUCCCCGGAAAACGUAUCGACGAUAUUUGACGCGGUGCACACCGUUGCGCUGCAUGCCCACAAGAUAAACACCGACGCCGCCCUGCGGAUGAAGCUGCAGGAACUUGGGCCGAUAACGCAAAUGCAGGACCCUCCGCUGCUUCGCCUCGAGAACGAGUCGUACCAAAUCUGCUUGACGUUUGUACAGAACCUCGCCCUCAACCGGAUGUCGAGCUUCGAAGAGCCCGAAAUGGAAUCGUACCUCGUCAAUCUUUGUCGGGAAAUUUUACAGUCGUACAUUGAAGUGGCAGCUGUCGGACAGGGACAGGAACAAGAACAGGUGCCUGAGUCGACAUCACCGUCGUCGUCGGGCAACGGGAAUCAUCGCCUGACGAUCCCGUUGAGUUCGGGGAAACGUAGGGAAUUGGGUGCCCGGGCGCCUCUUGUGGUGGCGACGUUACAGGCGAUAUGUAGCUUGGGAGCGGGUUCGUUCGAGAAGAACCUGUCAACGUUUUUGCCGAUGGUUUCGACGUUGAUAAGCUGCGAGCACGGGUCGCUGGAGAUCCAGGUUGCCCUGAGCGAGAUGCUGAGCUCGUCGGUCGGACCAGUUUUGCUACGGUUGUGUUGAUGGUUUGGUUGAAUUACGUUACGUUAUUAUUGUUAUUAUUAUUAUUAUUGAGAUGUAUGAUAGUUCCAAUUAUUUUGGUGAUAGUUGUUUUUGGAAAUUUAGGGUGUUUUUUAUACAGUACAGUGUAUGGUUGCUCUGUUUUCUUUUUAUAUUAUAGUAAGAGACCAAAAUUUU